AUGGAGGGCUUCGAUACCAUGGCGGCACUGCCAUAUCUGGCCAGCCCGUUGUCACUAGGGAACUUGCAAAAUGCCGAUUAUCUCAAUGCAAUGUCAGGCCUAGAUUUGCCUGACCAUCGUUCCAACUUUGAUUCCGAGACCUUUGUGAGCGAGGAUCUCGCUUUCGCGCCUCCUAAUCUGUUAGGUCAAAGACGUUUUCCCUCUGCAUACGAUGACCCCUUUACCGAGAUGGCCGCGCCCUUUGAGCCAACACCCCAGGAGCAACCCCAGGAUUCGUCGAUCGACCACAACAAUAAACUCUUAAGUUUCUCACUACCGGUAUAUCAUUUUACACUCCUCGACUACUCAAUGCGACGAGCCUCGUUAUCGGUGUCGGCGCAGUUGCAUGGAAUGUUCUUCUUGGCCGAGUCACCUUAUACAACCUCCCCUUCAGAAAACGCCCCACCCCAACAAGGCGCUGAGUUGACAUGCUAUCGUCGCAAUUUGUUUCAAAUCACCGGUUCGGUAACUCUGCCGCGCGGCAUGCGCUACAUUAUGACCGACCAAGGCGACCGUAUUCCGAUCCUCGCUCAGGAGCUCACCGUCUCGGCGACAGAAUCCGUGGAAGGAAACCCCGUGAAGAUUAUCUCGGUGCCCUGGAAGACUCCCUCUGCGGCUGCCGCCAAUUCUGGCACGGCGCCCGAGGAAAAUACUACUAGCACCGGUGCCAAGAUCGAGAAGGAACCUCCCCCAAUCCCGCUGGACAUCAUGGCAGGCCAGGAUUUGGACUCGGAUUAUGCGACCUUCCCUAUUGCGUGGAAACGGCUACAAUUCCGUGUUGCGACCGCCAACAAUGGUCGCCGCAAGGAGUUACAGCAACACUUUGUUGUCCGGCUCAAGGUGGUGGCGACUUUGUCCACCGGUGCGAAGAUCCCAAUCUCAGAGGUGCAGUCGGGUCCCGUCAUCGUUCGUGGUCGUAGCCCACGUAACUUCCAAUCGCGCAAGGAUCUUCCACUCAGCGGGAGUGCCGCCGCUUCUCGAAAGAAUGCACAAGCCGCUUCCGCAAAUUCCACCAUAAAUCGCACGCCAACGGGCGAUUCCGCUCCUCGUCGUGCCAGCGUGACUCCAGCCAAGGCGAAGCCCGCACAAAGCAGCUCCCCCGAAACGACAUCCGUUCCCCCGCCCAGCCUUAUGCAGCAGCCCCAGGCGACGCCGGACUGGACUUCCAUGCCGCAGACCACAUCCAACAAUAUCAUGCCCCAUCCCCAACAGACCAUGUUUCCUCAAUCCAGUCCAGACCAGCUCUCCCAAGCCACAGAGUCCCAACGUCGGGCCAGCACCACUACCGCCGCUGCGGCUGCGCCGAUCAAUUUGUCAUUGCUGGACGAGGAAGAAGGCAGCGAUCCUAAUCUCCACCUUGAUCAAAAGAUGGUGUCUCCUUUUGCCACCGAGAUGCCACACCAGCGGUCACUUAGUUUGGAUCAGGCCGUGCCGCCCUCUAAGAUGCGUAAACUUUCUCAUGCUGUCUCUCAAACCCCCUCGCGAAGUGUUGCCUCAUCCAUGCCUUUGCUAGAGACUGCUAAUCUGCCCCAACCAUUUGCAUCGUCGCUCCCCUUUCCAAACGAAAGUACCGAUCUCCUCUACGAGUAUUUUCCUCUUGGAUUGGAUGAUUGGCAAGCCCCUGUUGACGCUGUCUAUCGGCCGCACGUGGUACAUCAUACCAACAUGCCUGAAAUGAAGUUCGUAGCCUCUAGAGGCCGCAGCAAACGCUAUUUUGCCGCAGAAGAUGUGUUCUAA